AACGUGUUCUCCCACCGAGUUGGGCUGGGAUUUCGGCGCCAGCAGCUGCGGGAGGCAACAGAGGCCUUGGCCUAUGGAAGGAAAGAGCUAAACAUCUUUUCCUGCUUUGGCUCACCAGCGUCUCCGGCCGAGAUAUUUUUAACAGCAGCCUUUCUGACUGGCUCCUUACUCCGGCUUAGGGCACCGAGAAGACAGCCCAGCGUCCGCGGGGUGGAUUAAGGAUCCUGGGCUUCCGGCAGCUGCCUGGCUGAAGGGGAGCCAGAUGGGGAUUCUGCCAGUCUGUCUCAAGAGGGAGUUGCUAGGUGGACCGUGCCUGCUUUGGCUUUGUCCACCACUGCCCAGUUCUUCAGCCUCCUCUUACACACAAGAUUACAUGUUUUUGUUUCACUUUCUCCUCUCGCAGCAUAGGAACUGUCAUUAGUACUUACAGCACCUUCUGAGACCGGUAGCCAAAUGUGUGGGUAGCGAGUAAAACGGAUCCUAACCUAACUGCAGCCAUUUUGCCUAGUACAGCUACAGCCAUUUUAUUCUCCGCCACUGGACUUGGCUAAACCGCAGGAUUCGUUAUCAAACUGAAAUUUUUGUGAAGGUUCUGAAAACAACUUUGUUUCAUGCGGCUGUGGUUGCCACAAGUUACCCAAUGUACCAUAGCCUUCAGUUAUGCUUAUCUUCGUUUCUGUAACUGCCCUAUAAAAGAGACAUAUUUUGUAAUCAGGACCCAGACUUCGGAGACUACUCCUCUGGGUCCACCAGCGUUAAAAGAAGUUUCCUUUCUUCACGUGAGCUCCUGCUGUCAACUCAAUUUUCCCGUAACUUUCUGCUGUGUCCACUGGGAAAUGAGAGAAGACAGCUGCAGCCUUGCACGGCCCUUGCCGUGGGUUGUGGCGGCAGGUCUCCCCCACUGCACCUCCAGGCAGCACUCCGAGAGGAGGCGCGCCCCUCUGACUUCUGAGGUCCGCUCUGCAGCCUCUGCGGUGCCGACCUGGGCACCCCAGCCUCCAUUGCCAGUUCUAAAAGAGAACGAACUAAACCGUCCAGACUUCUGAAUCAGGUCCGACUGCAGACACAGCCACCAAGUUUGCCUGGACAGCCUCCUAUGUACUCUGGGACCAUUGACUGCUUCCGAAAGACUCUUGUUAGAGAGGGCAUCACAGGGCUGUACCGGGGUAUGGCUGCCCCUAUCAUUGGGGUCACCCCCAUGUUUGCUGUGUGCUUCUUUGGGUUUGGUCUGGGAAAGAAACUACAGCAGAGAUCCCCAGAGGAUGUGCUCGGCUACCCGCAAAUAUUUGCUGCCGGGAUGUUAUCUGGUGUAUUUACCACAGGAAUCAUGACUCCUGGAGAACGGAUCAAGUGCUUAUUACAGAUUCAGGCUUCCUCAGGGGAAACCAAGUACAAUGGACCCUUGGACUGUGCAAAAAAGCUGUACCAGGAAUCUGGGAUCCGAGGCAUUUACAAAGGCACUGUGCUCACCCUCAUGAGAGAUGUUCCAGCCAGUGGGAUGUAUUUUAUGACAUACGAGUGGCUGAAAAAUAUUUUAACUCCAGAGGGGAAAAGUGUCAGUGACCUCAGUGUUCCUCGAAUCCUGGUAGCUGGGGGAGUUGCAGGGAUCUUCAACUGGGCUGUGGCCAUUCCUCCUGAUGUCCUCAAGUCCCGCUUCCAGACUGCACCUCCUGGAAAAUACCCUAAUGGUUUCAGAGAUGUGCUGAGAGAGCUGAUCCAGAAUGAAGGCGUCACCUCCUUGUACAAAGGGUUUAAUGCAGUGAUGAUCCGCGCCUUCCCAGCCAAUGCAGCGUGUUUCCUUGGGUUUGAAGUUGCCAUGAAGUUCCUUAACUGGCUUGCUCCCAGCUUGUGAGGCCGAAGGCUGCUGAAGGCUUCCGGAUGCUGGAUACUCACUGAGGAGAAGCAGUGGACAAGACUAGGCAGUCCUGGAGCGGGAGGGGAGGGGGUUGUGGGAUCAGAGUUCUGAGCAUGGACUCAAACUGUUGCCUUAAUGAUGUCUACCUUCUAUGACUUGGUGUACCAUUGUGAAACUUGAAUUCACUGAAGGGAUUUGGAGACGGAAUAAUUAGCUUUUUGACCAGAUACCACCUGUGGCCAGAGUGCUGCUUCCCUGCUAGCCCCACUAUACCGCAGUACUUCUUGCUAAAAAAGUAAUCUCAUCCUCUCUCUGAAAUGCGCAUUUUCACCCACCUGACAAGAAACUGGGAUCUUCAAACCCUAGUCAAGAAAAUCAACCUAUUUCCAGGGUGCCAUCUAAUCCUGGGCUACACACAGGGAUGUGGACGUGAAGCCCACGUGUCUGUCCAAGUGGACUGGGUGGAUAUGCCUAAGAACAGAUGGUCUGUUAACCAUCAGAUUUUAAUUUUUUUACACAAGCAUAUAAUACAAAACAAAACUAGAGUAGUGUGAUUUCUCGGUAGGUGGAGAACUUCCCCUCCUACGCAACAAGGACAGUCCCAGACUGCUGGGAAAACUGCAAAAGCCUGUGGUAUAGGAAUGCUGUUUUUACACACUCUUUUCUCAUGAGAGUGCCUGUGAAACAAUAAAUAUUAUUUCUAAUUUUUGCA